CGCCACGGGCGCACGGCGGCGCCCCGGCCGCUGGGGAUGCAGGCAGCGGCCCUGCCGCGCUGCCCGGCGCCGCGCAGGCUCCUCCCUUCGCCCCGCACCGCGCCGUGACCCGGGCCGGCUGCGGCAGCGUGGGGGGCUGCGCUGCGCUUCGCUCCUUUCCGCGGCGCCGGCGGAGCGCAGGAGAGGCCCGGGCCGCCUCCGCUGCCGGGCGCCUUCGCUUUGUCUCCCGCCAGGGUCGGCCACGGGCUUGCGAGACCCGGUUCGGCGCACCUGACCACGAUCAGCCUACUUCUGUUCAAGUUUCCCCUGGGCUCUGAGGCAGCUGGCUGCAAAUACCAAGCACUGGAUUAAUACUUGAGGCAACCUGUCCUUCGCAGCCAGAUGGAGGCUCUGGAGAAAAAGAGCGACCUCCUUGGUUUGCAAACAGAGGGCAACAUGGAACAACCAUUCAGUAUUAGUUCCUUGAAAAAGCUCGUAGCUAUUCCUGACCACACGGAUAUCUCUGUGACCCCAGAAGAGAGAGUGCGUGCCUUAAGCAAACUUGGCAGCAAUAUUGCAAUCAAUGAGGACAUCACUCCACGUCGUUACUUCAGAUCUGGAGUAGAAAUGGAGCGAAUGGCAUCGAUAUAUAUGGAGGAGGGAAAUCUGGAGAAUGCUUUUGUUUUUUAUAACAAGUUCAUAACCUUGUUUGUGGAGAAGCUGCCCAGUCACCGAGACUAUCACCAAUGUGCAGUACCAGAAAAACAAGUUAUUAUUAAGAAACUGAAGGAGGUUGCAUUUCCACGGACAGAUGAACUGAAGAGAGAUCUUUUAAAAAAAUAUAGCUUAGAAUAUCAAGAAUACAUGCAAAACAAAAACAAGUGUAAAACUGAAUCUCUGAAGAAACUAGAGCAGCAGAAGCUGAUAGAGGCAGAGAAGAAAAGAAUUGCACAUAUGCGACAGCAGCAGCUUGAAUCAGAACAGUUUCAAUUCUUUGAGGAUCAGCUUAAGAAGCAAGAACUGGCUCGAGAUCAGAAGAUCAAAGAGAGCAUGGUUAUGUCUGAGCAGAUAGAUGGAAGUAUGCUAUCCUGCAUUUCUGUACCUGGGAACAGUUCCUCACCUACCACACUACUAGAGAAAAAAGAGAAGAGUGGCAUAUGUGUCUCUACUGGAGAUUCACCUCCAGCAAACCAGGCCCUAAAGCCAGCAGCUGCUUUAAGUGCUGUCCAGACUCAAUUGGCUGAAGCACUCAGAGGUGUAAUUUUACCCAGGGAUCUCUGUCACAGAUUUCUGCUGCUGGCAGAGGCGAAUACAUUGAGAGGAAUAGAGACAUGUGGAAUUCUCUGUGGAAAACUGACACACAACGAAUUUACUAUUACUCAUGUAAUAGUGCCAAAGCAAUCUUCAGGACCAGACUACUGUGACAUGGAGAACGUGGAAGAAUUAUUUGGUAUUCAGGACCAGUUUGAUCUCCUCACUUUGGGCUGGAUACAUACACAUCCAACACAAACCGCAUUCUUAUCCAGUGUUGAUCUUCAUACUCAUUGUUCUUAUCAGCUAAUGUUACCAGAGGCCAUUGCAAUUGUUUGUUCACCAAAACAUAAUGAUACUGGCAUCUUCAGGCUGACUAAUGCUGGCAUGCUUGAAGUUUCUGCUUGCAAAAAGAAGGGAUUUCAUCCACAUACAAAGGACCCUAGGUUGUUUGAUCCAUGCACCCAUGUGGUUGGGAAAGACAUAAAGAUAAUUGUGCUGGAUCUGAGGUGAUACGGAUGGACAGUCGCAAUGUUGCUAUAAAGUGGCCAAAAGAGAAAAAUGGCUUCCUGUUUUUCUUACGUUUUCAAAAAUGACUUUUAUAUUUAUACAUUUUAGAUUGAAUGGUUUGGUAUUUAUUGCUUUUUGCCUGUUUUGGAGUUAUUUUGUUGCCCUGGCAAGAUGGAAUUCAGUGGCGUUACUCCUGAAACUGUAGAUGUAUCAUCUCACUAAAAACAACAAUAAAAUGAACUUCAAGUUACAGUAACAAAGUUGAAAUAA